CAGGAAGUGUAGUUUUUUUAGUAACAAGCUAACGUGUUACAUGUUUACAACGAGCAGCAACGACUUAUUUUAGCCUGUGUAGCUACCUGUGAAUGAAACGAAGGAACAUGAGUUCAAGCCAAAGCUGUGGAGUGUUAACACGGUUCUGAGGAUGACAGUCCUGAACCUGUCCUUCGCUGCCUGUGGCUUCUUGGGGAUCUACCACCUGGGUGCCGUCAGGGCCUUUCUCCGCCACGGGGACAGGCUGCUGGGCUCUCUGAGGGCCUGCGCAGGGGCCUCUGCCGGGGCCCUGGUGGCUGCUGUAAUGAUCACAGCUCCUGACAAGUUAGAGAACUGUAAAGAGUUCACCUACAGGUUUGCUGACAGCGUGAGGAGGCAGCGGUUUGGGGCCGUCACACCAGGAUACGACUUCAUGCUUGAACUGCGGGACGGGAUAGAAGACAUUCUGCCCAGUGAGGCUCACAGUCUGGCCUCGGAGCGACUCCACAUCUCCAUAACACACUCCAGAAGUGGCAAGAACCACAUCGUGUCCAGGUUUAGCUCCAGAGAUGAGCUCAUAAUGGCGCUACUGGCCAGCAGCUUUGUGCCUGUUUAUGCUGGACUCAAACCAGUGGAAUUGAGAGGACAGAAAUGGAUUGAUGGAGGCUUCACUGACAGCCUGCCCAUUCUGCCUGUGGGACGGACCAUCACUGUGUCUCCCUUUGCUGGACUGCAGGACGUGUGCCCUGUCCACAGGGGUCGCCUCAACACUCAACUCAAGCUGGCCAACAUGAACGUAGCACUCUCCAUGGAGAACAUCAAACGCCUGAACCAGGCUCUGUUCCCCCCCCCUAGCGGAGGAAUGCAUGCUCUCUGUGAGGAAGGCUUCAGUGACGCUGUGAGGUUCCUGAAGAGAGAGGCCUUGAUGAGCUGACGGCCCCAUGAGAUGAUGAAGAAACAAGAAACAUAGUGCCAUUUACAGAGAUAUGAAUUUUAUGGAUUUUAAUAUAUUUAUUCCCCUUGUGAUUUCAGUUGUUUUUAAGAAAAUAAAAGUUUUAAAAUAUU